AUGGGGAGGAACAUAAGACCCAAUCCUAUAGCCAAGAACUACCAGCACAUCCUGGCCUUGGUGUUUGCCAUCAAAGGGCUCAACAAGGAUCCAGCACUCCUCCCCAACUUCACGCUGGGCUUCAGGAUCUACGAUGACAAGGACAUUGUACGAAAGACCUUCCAGGCCAGCCUGGCUCUGCUCUCCACACGUGGGCAAUUGGUGCCUAACUUUAAAUGCAACACAGAGGACAAUCUGUUGUCCGUCAUUGGGAGUCUCCAUUCUGACACCUCCAGGCAAAUGGCCACCAUCUUGGGCAUCGUCAAGAUACCUCAGCUCGGUUAUGGCUCUAUCAACACUGCUGAGAAAGGGGGAACCCUCAUCCCUUCCUUUUACCAGAUUGAUCCCAAUGAAGCCCAGCAAUGUGUGGCCUUAGUCCAGCUACUCCUUUAUUUCCACUGGAACUGGAUUGGGCUCGUUGCUUCAGAUGAUGAGAGUGAUGAAAACAUCAUCCAGAUAUUGGGACCAAUGCUGGCCCAGAAUGACAUCUGUGUGGCCUUCACUGCAAGGAUCAAGAAAGAAUUUCUGAGGGUGCCCUUUGGGAGGUGUGUGUUGAGCUGUCCUCCAGGACACAGCAGGAAGGUGCCAGAGGGGAAGCAGGUUUGCUGCUACGAAUGUGUCCCAUGUCCAGAAGGGACCUUUUCCAACCAGACAGGUAGUUGCUGUGAUCCAUGCCCAGAAGAUCAAUACCCAAACAAGAACAAAGACCAAUGUAUCUCCAAACAUAUACACUACCUUGCGUAUGAAGAUGUUCUGGGUCACACUUUGGCUUCUCUUGCUCUCUGCCUCACUCUGAUCACAUCUCUGGUGCUGGCAACCUUCAUUAAAAACCAGGACACACCAAUUGUGAAAGCCAACAACCGAGGCCUCACCUACAUCCUUCUCAUUUCUCUCCUGCUUUGCUUUCUCUGUGCCUUCCUGUUCAUUGGCCGACCAAGGAAGCUCACUUGCCUUCUCCGACAAAUGGCUUUUGGCAUCAUCUUCUCUGUUGCUGUUUCUUCAGUGUUGGCAAAAACAGUCACGGUGGUUGUGGCCUUCUUAGCUACCAGACCUGGAAACAUGGCAAGACAAAUACUGAAGAGACAACCAGCAAACUCCAUUGUCCUGAUCUGCCCCUUCAUCCAAGCGGUUAUCUGUACUUUCUGGUUGGCAACCUCUCCCCCAUUUCCAAACCUGGACUUCCAUUCCUUGGCCAGAGAGAUUGUAGAGGAAUGUAAUGAAGGCUCGGCUACCAUGUUUUACACUGUGCUGGGUUACAUGGGAUUUCUGGCCUUCAUCAGCUUCACGGUGGCUUUCUUAGCUAGGAAAUUGCCCGACAGCUUUAAUGAAGCCAAGUUUAUUACCUUCAGCAUGCUGGUCUUCUGCAGCGUUUGGGUCUCCUUUGUGCCCACUUAUUUGAGUACCAAAGGGAAGUCCAUGGUGGCUGUGGAGGUCUUCUCCAUCUUGGUAUCUGGCGCUGGUCUCCUGGGCUGCAUCUUCCUCCCCAAAUGUUAUAUCAUUGUCCUGAGGCCCAGUCUCAACAGCAGGGAUCAUCUGAUCAGGAGAAAAUAUCAGGGAACUUAA